GGAGGCGGACCUGGUGGUCUCGCCCUCGCUGUUACUCUCGCGCGGUACAAUAAUCCUACAUGCCCUAUUGCUGUCGACAUAUACGAAGCUCAGUCGACGCUGGCGACUGUUGGUGCUGGUAUCAGUGUAUGGCCCAGAACGCAUACGCUAUUGAGGAGACUAGGUGUCAUGGAUAUGCUCAAGGGCGAGCUCGGGAUGGAGGCGGACGAGGGCAGAUCGGAAGAGGAGGCCCCGCACUUCACCUUCAGGAAGAGCGACGAGGCUGACGGAUAUACGUUCUUCACUUUCUUCACACCAGUGCGGACCAUCCUUAUCCACCGCUCCACCCUUCUCGAGGCUUUGAAGUCUGCUCUUCCAGACUCUUCUCUAUGCCAAGUACACACCUCGUCGCGACUCACGUCCUACACGUACUCGUCGACCCAUCCAGCUACUGGUACAGGUGAAGCCACUCCUCCCCUGACACUUCACUUCGCCGACGGAAGGACUGCAUAUGCCGACGUACUCAUCGGAGCAGACGGCAUCAGGUCAGCCGUGUGUCAGACCAUGUAUUCUCCGCUCAACAUGUCCGAUGCCGAAGGAGAGUUGAGAGCGAGGACGGUGGCUAGGUGGAGCGGUACCGUCGCGUAUAGGAGCUUAAUCAGGCGGGAGAGGUUGGAGGAGAUUUGGAAGGAUCACAGAGCGAAAGGUCUUGUCUCUUUUUCCUCCUUGUAUACCGCUCCUCCAUCCACUGACGCACAUCAACGAUGCCGUUUCCAGCAUCUUGCAGUUUAUCCAAUUUCCCGCGGGCAACUCAUCAACGUUGUUGCCUUUGUUACCAUCCCCCAAGGCGCAGAGAAACAUCUGAUAUACCCAGGAAAAUGGGUGCAAGAGGCCACUGUCGAGGAAAUGAAAGAGGCAUACUCGGGAUGGGAGCCAGAGGUACAGGCACUAUUAGAUAGCGUUGAUUCAGCUUCAAAAUGGGCGAUACACAUUCACGGGAGAAUGCCCCGGUAUACGCAUGGGCCCGUCGCAAUUCUAGGUGACAGUGCUCAUGCCAUGGAAACCCACUUCGGUGCAGGAGCAGGGCAAGCGAUGGAGUGGCCUGUACUCAUACGGCGCAAACAGGAUGCCUAUAUUCUCGGGCGCCUGCUAACACAGCCUCAAGUCACUCACUCGCGAAUAUUUGAAGCCCUCGAGAUUUACGACUCCAUCCGAAGGCCCUUUGCUAAUGGCGUCGUCAACGCCACCCGCAAAGUUGGUCAAUUAUACGAAUUCGAGGGAAUAGAUAUAGAUGGCCCGAGCACGGCCUCUAAUGCCUCCGGAAAGAGCACCAAUUUAGCUGUUUUCAACGGCGACGGGACGGUAGUGACAAAGUCGGAGUGGACGAAAAGGUGGGGAGACGAAGUGCUCAAAUUGUGGCGGUGGCAAUGGGAAGAUGGGCCGGAUGCCGACUGGGUUGAGGCGCAGAAGAUGUUGCUGGCUAAAGCGAAUGAGAAUUACAGGGCAUAUCUGUAG